AUGGCUUCGCAAGGCUCAAGCUCCGCCCCUCCUAGGGAUGUUUAUGCCUGUGAGGUGUCUGAAGACUGGGAUCCCGUUGCUCUCAGAGCAACACUUCCUCGUGGACUCACUCCAUCUCUGAAGGUCAAGAAAGGUGACAAUGUCUGGGCCUACCACACCAACCAGGGUUAUGGCUACAUCCAUCUUCCUACUGGAGACACACACCUCAGAGGUUGGGUACCUCUCAGGAUUCUGAAGAAGGGCGCAAUCCGGGUCGAAGACUUACCCAUCGAACUUCCCGCAGAGGUCCGUAAUCUGGGACAGAGCGCAGCAAGACCUCAGAGCGAUAAUUCUGCCAACGUUCUGCACAAGACCCUUCGGUGUCUUUGGCGUAAGAUCAUUAGCGAACAAGCGCUCAUCAAGGAAGUGAUUCCCGGCAUGAAUGAACAGAGCCAGAGCGUGCUCUUCAACAAUACCACGAGCGCAUACGCCGACGUAGUCUACAAGUGUAUCACUCCGCAAGCUCGUAACAUGAUGGCCACCGGCAAUUUCGCUAUUGAACAACUGAUGUCUUUGCAGCCAGUCUCCAAGUCUUGGCCUAAGGAAGCUGGAGUUUAUAUCAUCAUCUAUCAAGGCUUUGGUGGCCGCAAGUCUGGAAACGUAACCUAUCAAACGGCCAUUUACGUCGGACAGACUGUUCAGUUUCAAAAGCGCAAGGAUGCACACACCAGAGAUGCGGGUACCAAGAACUCCACGCAUUACAGCCUUGCCAAAAAGGCCAAGAAGAUGGUGAUGAUACCUCUCCUCUUACAAACAGAGAGCGCUGUUCCUCCGUUUUUCCUUGACAUUGCGGAAUUCUCGUUCGUAUGCCUUUUUCGAAGCUGGUAUGCGGCUCUCUUCAAACCGCGCGAUCCUGAGCUCCUCGGAGCCUAUACUACUGACUACGACGCAUGCGUAGUCUUUUCUCGCAUUAUGCGAGAUGUAUCUGCCGAGACAGGCUGGAAUCUGGCUCGCACCUAUGGCUUGAACUGGAAUACCCCAGUUCUGAGGCACCCCAAGGUUGACCAGCCAUGGGUUUCGUGGUACGAAGAGGAGCUUAAGAUGUACAAGUAUCGUACCCGGCGUACAAUCUUCCUGCAACCAGACAAAGCUCACGUCCGAUGGCACGGUAGGAAGGAGCUCGGUAUCCCUCUGGAAGUCGCUCAAGAUGCCGGUUUUGUGAACGGCCAGUCAGUCCAUCUUGUAGUUGAGAUCUGCAAAAGUGGCGACGAAUAUCUCACACACCCUUUCCGCUUUGUCCGUCUCCCGCCCAAGGUAGGUCGCAAUACGGAGCUUGAAAAGCUCAGGUCCGUCGCUGUCAAGAUCCAGUGGCUCCCUGAGGGGAAGAGGCAAUGGAAGGAGUACUAUCUUGAAAGAUCCAGACUCUGGCAACCAAUCAGCAAGACCAACCCCGUUUUGCACAUCUACCGCACCGGCCUCAUGAUACUUUGCGACAUGGAAAAGACCAGCUAUACCGGAGGUCCAGAAUGGUUGCAUAACGUCUCGCCAACGGGUAUCCAGUUCCUUCGAUACAACCAUCUGGAGCAGAAGCAAGUAGUUGAGAUGGUUCCGCCGCGAGUCAUUCCGUGGCCAGAGGACAACACAAUGGAAAAGAACAAACAGAGACUGCUUGAACUGUUCCCCCGGGCAUCAAACCCCGAUACCAUUAUAGGACCGCGACCUCCGCAGGGAUUUUUCACCAAGAACCGCAAGUCGUGCGAUAUGUGCCUUUCACAACGGACUACCACUGCCUGCAAGUAUGAUCCUACUGACGACUCAUGCCAGUGUUGUCGACCUCUGAACCGCCCUUGCACGUGGUCUAGAGCAGGGCAAGACGUCAUGGAUCUAUUUGUUCAUGGUGAGAGCCUGGAGGAACUUGGUAUUGCGGUAAACCUUUCCCGAGACAUGGGUUCAAUGAUCGGUCCAAUGGUGGAGCCCCCCUUCGAUCCUGAUAUCGAGGGCAUGGAGCAUGAAGAUCAGCAGGACUGA